AUGGAUGUACCUGAUCGAAAGGAAAUUUCUCAUGGUAAAGAGCCAGAUAGGUGGGAGCUAUUUAAAUUAACACAUCAAAGGAAAAGGUCCCAAGAACCAAUCGAUGCGGCAUCUGCAAGGGCAAUUGCGGAUUUCGCAGAGGCUGAACAAAAGAGGCUAAGCAUGAAUGUUGACAUCACUGCUCCAGAAAUCCGUGAAGAAAUGUAUGUUGAAGUUCUUGGUAAGGAGAAGGGAAACAAAGUGAGAGGUGUUAGAGUAGGGGUUACUUGGGAUGAAGUCCCUGGAAUCCAUGUUGAAGAGCGAGGAGUAUCAAGAGAAGUAAAACAGUUGCAAGAGCAAUUGGAAGAGCAAGUGAAAAAGGCACAAGAGAAAGAAGCACACAUGAUGGAGGAACUACAAAGCAAAAUGGUUGAGCAAACAAAACGGAUGGAACAAAUUUUUGAAGUAAGGUGCAUAGAGAUGGCACUCCAAAAAAUGGGAGAGAUGUUUAAACAAUGCAGAAUAUCAGUGGAUACACAAGAAGACGUCAUGCAAACAAUGUCUCAGUUUGCUCGGGACACGUCUCAAAGGCCAUCGACUGUUGCUUUUUCACCAGAUGAUGACGUCUACCGUCCCACAAUGCCAUUUGAUUGCCCCAAUAUGCAAAUGGAUUAAUCAAUUGCACGAUUUACUCCUAGUUUUACUUCUUCCUUACACGAUUUGCAGGAUUUUACUAGUUGUCUACCACAUAUAUAUUGUUACUGAUACUGAUAAUCAAUUGCUUCUGUCUCCAAUUACUGAACAGGAGAUUCACCAUGCUAUUUUCCAAAUUGGAGGCCUUAAAGCCCCAGGACCGGAUGGACUACAUGCUUUAUUCUAUCAAACUUACUGGCAGG